UCCCACCUCCACCCUCACUGAUGCAUACUGUGAGUUUUUCACAUCAGCCGGGAUCAUUCUAGCUCAACUUCUGCGUCUCAUGCAGACUUAAAUCAGCAGUGGACAUCCAGCUACACAAGGUUUGGUAUGAUGAAAAUGUCUUUUUUGCCAUGUUAAUAGCUCAACCAUUAACUGAGGAGGGAAGAGCCCUGCUGUACUGGACAAACACAGACUGAGACCCCUCAGAGUCCUUCUCUGACCUCCUGAAUCGGACAUGGGGAAAGUCUACUAUGUCAGUAAAAAUGUGGGCCUCGGGAUGCUUGUAUUGGCGGUCGCCGCUCUAGCUACGAUCAUAGCUCUGUCCAUUGCCUACGACAAGGAAAGGGCCAAGAAUCGAGGCAAGCCUGGAGAUGAAGCAACAGACAGCACUAGCAUGCCCCCACCCCCCACCACCCCUUUCAUCCCGAAGGAGCCCUGGGAUCAUUACAGACUUCCAGACUCCCUUGUUCCUCUGUCCUACAAUGUGACCCUGUGGCCCAGACUGGAGCCCGACGCACGCGGCAUGUUCGUCUUCACUGGACAUUCAGCUGUGGUCUUCAGAUGUGUGAAGGAGACAGACCUUAUAAUCAUCCACUCCAACAAGCUGAACCUGACCACCUUCUACGGGCACCAUGCUAAGCUGACAGGCCUUGGUAAAGCCACUGUGCCCACCAUACAAAAGUCUUGGCUUGUUGUGAAGACGGAGUAUCUGGUUCUCCAGCUACACAGCAGACUAGCUGUUGGAUCGUUGUAUUUGCUUUACACUGAAUUUCUGGGGGAGCUGGCAGAUGACCUGCAAGGCUUCUACAGGAGUGAAUACAUUGAAGAUGGUGUGAAGAAAGUUGUUGCUACCUCGCAGAUGCAAGCAACCUAUGCCAGGAAAACCUUCCCUUGUUUUGACGAGCCCGCCAUGAAAGCCGUCUUCAAUGUCAUCAUCAUCCAUGACCGAGCCACUGUGGCUCUGUCUAACGGCAGGGACAUUGACACAGUAGACUCUGUCAUUGAUGGCGUGCCUGUCAGUGUGACUACAUUUGAGCCCACAGAGAGAAUGUCCACAUAUCUGCUGGCAUUUAUUGUCAGUGACUUUGUUAAGAUUCAGUCAACCCAAAACAACAGUUUAUUGGUCCGAAUCUGGGCUCGAAGAAAAGCCAUAGCUGACAGGCAGGGGGACUAUGCUCUCAGCGUUACAGGGCCGAUCCUUCAGUUCUAUGAGCACUACUACAAUGCAACAUAUCCGCUCUCCAAGUCAGAUCAGAUAGCUCUGCCUGACUUCAAUGCUGGGGCCAUGGAGAACUGGGGUCUGAUCACAUAUAGGGAGACGGCCCUGCUCUAUGAUCCCAUGUUGUCCUCCACUGGAAACAAAGAGAGAGUAACAACUGUAAUCUCACAUGAACUCGCACACAUGUGGUUUGGCAACUUGGUGACUCUGCAAUGGUGGAAUGACCUGUGGUUGAACGAGGGGUUUGCAUCAUACGUGGAAUACCUCGGAGCAGACUAUGCUGAGCCCACCUGGAACAUUAAAGACCAGAUAAUACUUUCUGACGUGCACAAGGUGUUUGCUGUCGACGCCCUGGCUUCCUCCCACCCGCUGUCCCGCCGAGAAGAGGAGGUCAAUAACCCUGCUGAGAUCAGCGAGAUGUUCAACACCAUCUCCUACAGCAAGGGAGCGGCGGUGCUCAGGAUGCUGUCAGAGUUUCUCACUGAGCCUGUGUUUGCCAAAGGACUCAGUUCUUACCUGAACACAUUCGCCUUCAACAACACAGUGUAUACAGACUUGUGGGACCACCUCCAGAAGGCAGUUGAAAACACACCAGGUAUGCAUAUUCCUCACACCGUCCACAACAUCAUGAAUCACUGGACUCUUCAGAUGGGCUUCCCAGUGGUCACUAUUGACACCCGGACAGGAAGUAUCACCCAGAAACACUUCCUGCUGGAUCCAGACUCUGUAGUGGACAGGCCCUCUCAGUUCAAUUACACAUGGUUUGUCCCAAUUAAAUGGAUGAAGACAGGUGUGGAGCAGCAGCAGUACUGGCUCCUUCAAAAGACAGACAUCAACAGUCAGAUGAGAGUGUCAGGAGAGGACUGGGUGCUGGCGAACACUAAUGUAUCUGGAUACUUUAGGGUAAACUAUGACCUUUACAACUGGGAUCGUCUUCUCUCCCUGCUCAGCACCAACCAUCAGGCUUUAUCAAUCAUCAACAGAGCACAGAUCAUAGAUGAUACAUUCAACCUAGCAAGAGCCAAAAUAAUCAGUACAACAUUGGCCCUGAGAACUACCAAAUACCUGUCCAAGGAAAGAGACUACAUCCCCUGGGAUUCAGCUCUGAGAAACCUCGACUACUACAUAUUAAUGUUUGACCGCACUGAGGUUUAUGGAGCUUUACAGGCAUACCUCAAGAAACAAAUCCAACCACUUUUUGAGCACUUCAAGACCAUUACAGCUAACUGGACCAAAGUACCUACAAAGCACACUGACCAGUAUAAUCAGAUCAAUGCUGUUGGAUAUGCCUGCGGUAUGGGUGUGGAGGGUUGCAGGGAGCUGAUCAAAAGCUGGUACAGACAGUGGAUGGAAAAUCCACAUCACAACCCGAUCCAUCCAAACUUGAAAAGCACAGUUUACUGUAGUGCCAUAGCCUUCGGGGGCGUGGAGGAGUGGGACUUUGCCUGGAGAAUGUUCAAGAACGCCACUCUGGCAUCUGAAGCUUCCAGGCUCAGGGCUGCCAUGUCCUGCACCAAAGCUCCUUGGCUUUUGAACAGGUAUCUGGAAUACACACUCGACCCAACUAAGAUCCGCAAGCAAGACGCCACCUCUACCAUCCAGUACGUUGCCAGAAACAUUGUGGGGAUGCCGCUGGCCUGGAACUUCGUCAGGGCAAGAUGGGGCUACAUUUUCCAGCAGUAUGGAAAAGGAUCAUUUUCCUUCUCAAAUCUCAUCAAUGGAAUCACAAAGAGGUUCUCAUCAGAGUUUGAGUUGCAGGAGCUGAAGAAAUUCAAAGAAGAAAACCUUCAUGUUGGUUUUGGCUCAGCCACCUUGGCCCUGGAGCAGGCUAUAGAGAAGACCACAGCCAACAUUAAAUGGGUGACGGAGAACAAAGCCCAUGUGCUGAAGUGGUUUACUGAGGAGUCCAAAUGACAACACUUGGACGGUCUUUUUAGUGCAGUCAGGGAUAUGUAUUGAAUGACUAUCACUAUAAUCAUCAGGAACAACAGAUGGGUGGCAAUUUUUCUUGGCAAUAGUUGUGCAAUGACAACUGAUGUGACACAAUACUUCACUGGAAAUCACAUGUGCCACUUGAUACCAGUGGUAUAGCAGUAAAUACUAGAGCGUAACUCUCGCCUCUAGUCUUUGAUUGUCAAUGAACAAAGAAAUAUUGUUUUAUUCGCAUAACAUUUAUUUUCAUUCUCAGAAAUGCAUUCAUUGAUGUCUUUUUCUUCAUUUUAAUAUUAUAUGUUGCUGCUUACUAUGAUGUAUGCAAUGCACAUAAACGCGGGGCCUUCAACCACUUUAACACCAGAGCAACUUGUGUUCACUGACACUGAUUCAAGUGAGUGAAACCUGUGACUGCCAUUAGGGACCCUAAACAUGACAAUUUACUUUUGUAUUUCAGAUUGACUGCAUACAUAUGUGUGUAUCCCUGCAAAUGUGCAAUGAAUGAGUUUUUAACAACUGUUGCCCUUUAGUGGUAGGAGAGAAAGAUAUUGUAAAAAGUGAUCUUACUGAAUAAAUUUGCCUGAUUUGAUUUCUA